CCUACACACCCACUGUAUCCCUAGUCAUGCAGCACGCCGAGCAACACAAUUUGAAAUCUCGAGAAUUGCAGCCAUCAACAACAUGGAGGUUCUUACCCAGAGGAUCAAGCAUAGCGUCACGAAGGUUCUUGUCCAGGGGAUCAAUUGGAUGUGUCUCCUGGAUGAAAUAGUCCACCGCCUACCGACCCACUUCCAACAGCGGUUCCAAACCCAUCUGACCCAUCCGAUGAAUCAACUCCAGCUCAUAACCAAGAUCAUAAUCCUUGCCAAACUGGAUAUUUGCCCCAAAAUCAUCAAGGGACUGAGCAAUACCCACCAGACCACCCACAAAUCACUGCCUUGGAAGCUUCAGGCAUGGGAUUCCUGAUCUCCGCUCGCAGUACCACUGCAUACGACGGCCUACCCACACCCAUAUCAUGCUUGUCCUUCACCCCCAUCUUCUUCCCCACCGAAAGAGAACUACCAUUAAGCAGUUGAGCACAGGCUUCAAGGAAAUCCACUGCCUUACACAGCUCCCCACCGAGCUGGCUCCAUCCCCGCCCUUCGCGUCCCUCAUGUAGUAAAAUAAGCCCUUGCUCACUUUCCCGAAAUGAUUUGACAAAGUCCUUCAACCCACUGUUACGCAACACAACCUCCACCGUCGCAAUCAGCCAGACUGAACAGUGAGGACCUAGGGACACCGCACUGGCAAAACCCUUUCGUCUCUCUUCCAGUCGCACCCCUGCCUCAUUCUCCUUCACUGAGAAGAGAAAGGACUUCGCUUCAACGAAAAAGCGCCGCUCCAUACACCCUCAUACAGGAUCAAGUAUGGCAAAGCUUGCUUUGGACAGCCUUGAAGUACCUGUUGGGUGUGUGAUUGUGGAGGAUGGGAAAGUUAUUGCCUCAGGAAGAAAUCGAACUACUGAGACACGAAAUGCAACGAGGCAUGCGGAGAUGGAAGCUUUUGAUGUUCUUCUUGAGGGCUGGCAAAGAAAUGGACUUUCGAAGUUAGAAGUUGCUAAAAAAAUUUCAAAGUGCUACCUUUAUGUUACUUGUGAACCAUGCAUAAUGUGUGCAGCUGCUUUAUCAACUCUUGGUAUAAAGGAAGUAUUUUAUGGCUGUGCAAACGAUAAGUUUGGAGGUUGUGGAUCAAUAUUGUCUUUGCAUUUAGGUAGCUCUGAGCCAUGUAAAAGCGGUGCUGUUCCACAAGGAAAGGGUUUCAAAUGUAAUGGAGGAAUAAUGGCAUCAGAAGCAGUCUCUCUUCUGCGAACCUUCUAUGAACAAGGGAACCCUAAUGCUCCAAAGCCUCACAGGCCUCUAGCUCACCAGGCAACGCAUUGAAUUGAAUAUGCACACCCACAAUUUCUGGCAGAAAGUAUUUUGAGUUCUAAAAGCAUAUAUAUAUAUAUAUAUCAGCACGUGUCCUCUGUUUUUUAGUCUUUUAUGGACUGAUACUUGGACUUUGUAAUAUUUCUUCAUUUUCUUGGGUCUAGGUCAUGGGUUGAUUACAUAUAGACAAUCCCUUUGGGCUUUCAAAAGGCCUUACGGGCUGGGGGCCCAUUUUGGUCUUUCUUGGUCCCAAUCACUUGGGUCCAAAGUACAAAGCCCACUUAGCAUUAUUGGGCCAACCCAACUCUGCCCCUUAGACUUAAAGCCUAUUUAUGAUCGCGUUCGAAAAUAGAGCGUUUUUGUCUAUAGAAAA